AACGAAGAAGGAAGAUCUGAGUUUUGUUUUCCUAGAUCAAUCAGAUUUCGCCGCGGGCGAACUCUUGUUCGACUGAGCGUCGUACCGAACAACCUUCGAAGAGACGGAAAACAUGACUUUGACGCAUAUGUCGUGGAAUUUAAAUGCAUUAGAAAAUAGUGUGUAUCAAAAUGAUUUGUCUUUGUCGCGCUCUGCUGCGUUUCUAAUCGCUGAUCUAACUCUGGCAGACUCCAACGGUUGAAUAAUUGACGACGAGAGAUUUAUAACUAUUUAUCUGCUGACGUGAUCACACGAAAGAGGUUCGAUUGUCCAGGUUCGAAACGGUCCGAUCGAUGAAAUUUGGCGUGAGGGCAGACUGUGGGCUGCAAUCACGGAUGCAAAUCUUCGGCGGGAGCAGCAACGAGAUGCGCGGCGCGUGCAUCGUCGGCCAUUACGGAUUCGUUUCCACUGACGCGUCGCUGUAACAGCGGAGUGCGAUUUUUCCGAUAAAUAACACCUUAUUGUGCGUAGGUUCGUGCACUGUUGAAAUUGAUCAGUAACAAACUAGGAUGUCGUUAAACAUGGAUAUGGAGCGGUCGAGCAACGGGGAGUACAAGUAUCAGAGGGAGGAUGACGCCGACGACAAAGCCAGAUCGCUGGAUGAGACCGAUGACAAGGAUCAUCAGAUGGAUAAGGCCGGCGAAUAUGUGCACGAGCUGCUGCAAGAAAAGAUCGAGCUCGACUCUCAAAAAUGGCCCAACGCUACCCGGUUACUCAGCCAAGAGAUAGAGAAAACAGAAGCUAUGCGUAAACCAAUGAGAGAAUCAAAAUAUGUGGACAUUUAUCGUGAAAAGCCUGUUCGUGUCUCUGUGAAAGUUUUGAUACCUGUUCGCGAACAUCCCAAAGUGAGCAUUUAAUUUGUUGGAAAAUUACUUGGUCCAAAAGGCAAUUCCAUGAAACGUCUACAGGAAGAAACAAUGUGCAAGAUGGCAGUGUUAGGUAGAGGAUCAAUGAAAGAUAAACAAAAAGAAGAAGAGCUUCGUUCUUCCUUAAAUUUGAAAUACGCGCCUUCCGAUGAUCUACAUGUGGAAACUACGGCUAUAGCUUCUCCAGCAGAAGCUUACGCUCGCAUUGCCUUCGCACUAGCCGAAGUACGAAAAUAUUUGAUUCCUGAUAACAAUGAUAAUAUACGUCAAGAACAAAUGCGCGAAAUGGAAAUGAACAUGUCCGACGAUCCUGUCUCGAAUGAUCGUAGACCUUCGAUGAGAGGACCUUCGAAUAUUGGCGUCGGAAACAGGCAAGCUGGAAGACAAGCAUUACCUAGAACGUCUAGAGCUAUACUUCCCCCACCUGUGAAUCGUGGACCGCCCGGUGCUCGACCAGCACCGUCCAAAUCUAAAGUGUUUUCAAUUCUAGAUCGUGCGAGGGCUGCUAUGGAUCAAGGUUAUAACUAUGAAACUCAGACUUCUGCACCAACAAACCGGUCUGGAUCACAUCAUGAUUACGAUUAUCAUGGAUCAUCAGGUAGCAAUGCUCGGUACGGCGAUCGUCAUUAUACAUCAAAUUCUGGAUAUACGACUUAUGAAUACGACGAUGAUUCUGCACCACAUUCUUCACGAGAUUAUUAUGAAUCUUCGGAUUAUCCAGAGGAGUCAUCGAGCCGCGCUUGGAAAUCUUACAAGACUACAACAACUUCAGGUGCAGCCUCGCGUUAUCGCACCACCCCAUAUACACGACCUUCCAACGUUAUUAAUCCAUUGGCGGUUAAUCUUCCUAAUGUACGGCGGCCUAUGAUGCCCACUAUGCAGAAAUCAAUAAACGAAAGAAAUCGUCUUUAAUCGAUCGACAGCAUAAAGGCUAAUACGGUAAUGAUGAGCAAAUCUUGUUAUUCUUGAUGAUAUUAAACAUACAGUAAUCAAAAUCAAAAUUUCUAAUCGGAAUAUUUAUUUAUUCAAGCUUUUCUCUUGUAAAAAGACUAAUAUACUUUUAAUAUAAGAUAAUUAAUAUAAGGGACUUAUACGUUCUCUCUAUCUCCGUAUUUCUCAGAUCUAUAAAUACUUUUUUAUUUUCAUUUUUUUUUAUAAUGGAUUCAAUAAUUUUCAGAUUUUUUUCCGCGGACAUUGGAUAAACAGGAACAUAUAAACAAAUUCGCAAUUAAAAUAUAUCCAUAAAAUUGCCAGCAUUAGCCAGCGAAUAUAAAAUUCAUCAUUAUAUCAUUUUCGAUCACAAGCGCGAUACAACUUUAUUCCCUUGACAAUUCUCAAUUGCUUCAUAAUUUUAAUUCAAAAUAAAACUUAAUUUUAUAUAAAA